AUGACGAAUAAUUCUUCAAAUACAUCAUCAAAUAACAACAAUAGCAGUGAUACCACCACUAUUGAGAGUAAUAAUUCAUCAUCGGGCAGCAAGACCAUUCUGCACAUAUUCUAUGAUUGGCUUCUUUGUCUGUUGAAUUUAAUUCAAUUAAUAUUUAGUGUUGGAAGAUUGGCCAGUGGCCUCGGAAGUGCAGGAGUUGAUGAAAGGAAUGAAAGUCUGGUAAUGACCAAUUCAAUUCUCCAACACUUGUUAGCACAGGAAGAAAGCGAAGAUCAAUUGUACAAUCAUUCCCAUCUCGAGCUUUUACAUGAUGAUAGAAACUUGUCUCGUUCCAUCUCUAUCAAAAUUUCCAAUAUCAAUCGAAAACUUUCAAAGAAAGAAAGUGCAUUCAAACGAGCACACAGAAGACAUACCAUUGUGGGAGUUUGUGUAGAGUCACCAUGUGAUGAAAUUACUACGAGAAAUUCAAUGGAUGAAUCGGCAGCCAAAGAAUUAACAAGCUAUGGCUGCACAGCCAAAUGUCAUACUUUUCACACCUCAGCUUCAAAAGAUGAUAUUCACACCUUAAUGAAUCAUUAUUUGGAUCCAACAUUGUGUAGAAAAGCAAUUAGCUUUCCAACAUCACCUGCUGAGAUGAAAUCCUCACCGAGAGUGAAGAGAACAACAAUCUUUUGGAAAUUGGAUCGAUCUGAGCUUGUGUUUAAUUCAGAGAGCUCUUCAAUGAAUAAUACACCAAAACAUUCGAAUAAUAGGCAAACACAAUCAUUUCAACAAUUGGGUGGACAUAAUAACUGUAGUUCGUGGAAUGCAAUUGAGACGGCAGCAUCACCUAGAAACCAACAAGCAACCAUCACAUUCGAAUCACCAAAACAUGAAGACAUUUCAAUGAAAUACAAUUCAUGGACGAGUGGUGACAUACCCAAGACAAAAGAAUUAACAAACAUGGCAAUGGGCAAAGUUUACGGUGAACUGAAGAAUAAUGAAGAGCCAAAUAUCGAAACCUUAGCUACCAAAUGCGAAUUAAAUGCAGACGAAAGGCCCCAGAGAAAAAACUCAAAGCUCAAAACAAGACGUUACCAAAAUGAAACUAAUUGUCUUCAGGACGAGAUCCUUAAUUUUGAUAGAAAUGUACCUUCUAACACAGAGGCAAUUCCAAUGCAUUCUCAACAUCAUCACAAUUAUUUGCAAAAUUUUACAAUGGAAGAAGUAAUUUACCUCAAGGAAAGAGAAACUAAUCUGAACGAAACCUUGUUGGAUGUUUCAUCGUAUAUUGAUGAAACUAAUGAUGAACAACAACAGCUAACGACAAUAACCGAAGGAGAUUCCACUACACCAUCAACAACUCUGAAUCCUGAUGAAUCUACGAGCUCCCUUUCUUCCACAACAUCACUAUUUACCUCCUACUCUGCAAUACCUAUUAGUCGAAGAACAUCAACAAUUUCUUCAACAACAACAUCAACCAUUGAUAAUAUAACCUCUGCUCACUAUGAUAGAAGAGCAAGUAUUUCACAAUUCAUGAAUGACAUGUCAAAACAAGAACAUUACAUGGAGCAUUCAGAAACAUAUCCUUUUCAUGUAGAUGUGCAGCAAAAUAAUGACCAUGCACAUGCAGUAAUGAAUGAAAAAACAUUCGAAACACUAAUCGAAGGUGAUCAUAGCACGAGUAAUAGUAAUAACACAAAAGAGGAAGAUAAUUCAAUAACAAUACCAACGAUUAAUACAUCUAAUAGGAAGCCAUCACGAUCAUCAUCAAUAACGAUAACUGAAGGAGCAGAAUCAUCUCUGAGAGAAUCAAAAAACAGCUCUUCAUGGAUUUUUGGCAUACUAGUUAGCAUGUGGAGCAUCUUGGUUUGGCUGUCAGGUUGUGUCAUUUCCAUUGUCAGAGCCAGUCAUCACAUGUCUGCUUUGGAUGAAAUUUGUUCCUUCGAUUCUCCAACCUCAUCUACCACUAAUUCUUCAACAUUGGGUCAUGAUAAUCUUCUCUCUGAAUGCCUCAAUAAUAAUCAGGAAAUGCAUGAACAUGAUUUUACAUGGUGGGGAAAAAUCAGUACAAAUGCUGCUUCCACUAAUAAGAAUCAUUCACCAUCUAAGGCAAUGACUGUAAACGACGCAUUUGCUCAACAGAAAAAACCAUCUUCAACUCUCUCUAUACCGUACCUUAGGAAUUUUACACAUUUACUGAAAAGUUUUUCGUUUUCCUCUCUUGUGCAUACUGACAAUUGCAGUAAUGAGGAAACAAAUCAGGAACGAAGAAGGAGCAAGAGUGAUCCUACCAGACAUGGUUCAAGGGACGAUCUCUCAACAACUUCAACAGCUCCAAAACUAUCUCUCAGCAAAUCAUUUUCAAAUAUUGAGGAAAUUAGAGAGCUCAAGAAGAGAUUGGAAUUAUAUUCAUUUCCAUAGCACAUUGAAUGUAUGCACAGGAUUUUUGAAUUUUCGCCUCCUCUUGAUCAUACAGUGUAUGAUUUAAACAUUAAGAGAAAAUUAUUUGCUGGAUUCUUACAAGCAAUACAUAUAUGGAUGCAUUAAUUUCUAAACCUAGAAAUGUCUUUCCUAGCACCUUAAUAGUUGGAUAUUUCGAUAAUUUUAGUUAAUAACCGUAGUCACGCAUAUACGCUACGCACAUAUAUUGCGAGAUAAAACAACAGAAAAAAAACACUCAAUCACCCUCAAUACAACCUUGUUGUUUUUUCUUAUUAGC